AUGUGGUCGGAUGCCACGGCAGCUAUUCCGUCCAUUGAAGAGCGCCUCAUCUCGCUGGAACGAAGUAUGACAGAAAUGACCAGCAUGAUGCGACAGAUGAUGGACCGGUCACCCAGUAUAUCUGGCAGCUCGGUAUCCAUGUUGACAAGGAGUGGUAUCACCGAUGAGACCGCUUCGAUUGAAGGAAGUCAAUCGUCUUCCUUCGCUCCUAGACCUAUCCGUCUCCUUCAGGACCUGCAGUCCGACUUUGUGGGUGAGGCAAAUGUCCUACCUGCGGAUUCAAGGUCACUCGGUGAUCCUUUCACCAAGGGAAUCAUCGACCCUAAAUUAUCUCAGAAAUUAAUUCAGUUGUUUGUUGAUCAUUUUGGGAUCUGGAUCUCGGUCGACAAUCCGUCAGAUAUUCAUAAUGAGUUGAGAGCUACAGAUCCGCUGCUCUAUAGUACAGCUUGUCUACUAGCAUCUCGCUACGUUCCCGGUAUACCAUUAUCCGUAAUCCAUGCUAUGUAUCUUCAGAUACGGCAUGCAGCAGUCAACGUCCUCUGGAAUAAUACACCCCUCAAGCACGAAACUCUUCAGGCUCUUACUCUACUUGCCUUAUGGCCUACAGCAGUACAAAAGGAGACUCCAAUGGAUAGUUGGUUGCUGAGCGGGAUCUCGAUCAACCACGCUAUCAUUUCCUUUGACUUUCUCAACCAUGCUCCUGCCGAGCUUAUUGUGGACAAUGACAUGGUCGCGAAACUCCGCGUAUGGAAUGCUCUAUGCCUGACUCAGUUACAGUCUGCCAUUGGAAACGCUCGUCCCUUUCACAUACAGCAGAGGUACCUCGAGCAUUGUCCACGACUGCUUGAGCACCCAGCUGCUACAUUUGAAGACGGAAAAAUUGUGGCGGAGAUCCAGUUAUAUCUGAUCGCCCUAAAGUUGCAGAAUUUCAGCCACCGUAUGCGGCUGGGAGACUUUGAAUACGAGGAAAUCGAACGCUGGAAGAUGGAGUGGGCACAUCUCUUAAAAAUCCUUCGUAAUUCGCGCCUCAUUCUCUCAAAAUUCCUAUUGGUCCGGUUUCCGAACGCACUCGCCUUCCCAGAUCAGAUAUACUACAUCGUGGGCUACGCCGCCCUGAAUCUCUGCGACUUUAGCCCGAUGGAUCCGCUUAUCGACCAGGUCCAAACCUUCCUGCUUCAUCUGUCACCGAACGAAGAUCACAUUGCCUACCGCUUCUCAUAUACAAUCACAGAGCUCAAGCGCCGCUGCGCAGCAGGGCCUAACCCCCACAAUGCAGUCAAAGGUGCGUUCGGGGAUACUCGGAAACUGAGCAUGGGACAGCAGAUACCAUUCAUAAAUCCAUUGAUGGAUACCAUGAUGGGGGAGUACGGUGGCUUGGAGCAUCUCAUACCCGAAGUUCCUCCACACUCCUUGCCCGAUAUGCUCACCAGUGUAGCUGGUGAGCUGCAAGCGUUUCGUACAGCGAUUCUUUGA